AUGCAUGAAUAUGUACGUAGAGGAUCUAAAGUGCGCUAUCAGGUUCGGGAUCAUGCUAGGAAGCUUUUGGAGAAACAUAUAAAGAAACCUUUCUUUGAUGUGAGAUAUGGAGAAUCUGUCGAACGGAUGAGUGUUGAGGAUUUAGAGCGAGGAAAGCAGUGGUUAAGUGAUACUUUCUAUCUCAUACGGGUUGCAAAUUUUGUAAGCAAUGGGUUAUGGAACAGGUGUGAGAAUGAUAGCCUUCCAAGUAUAAAAUGGGUUCUUGGGCUUGCAAAGGCUGCAGUCUUAAGACAUGGGGUGCAUGGAAUAGUGAUUGAUCCAUACAACGAGCUCGAUCAUCAGCGUCCAGUAAGCCAGUGA